GUGUUAUUUUUGUCAUACUUACGUCAGAAUUUGCUAUUAAAGUCCGUCGAAAUUGCAUUUGAAUUUUUCGUUAACAAAAUAAUUUGUGCUGCAACAAACAAAAUGAGACAAGUUUUAUUUGCCAUUGUCGUUGCUUUGCUAGUGGCUGCAAUAUAUGGUAGUCGUAAAGGAAAAGAAAAUGAACACGAACAUAAACAAGAAAAUAAAAAGAAUGAAAUACACCCCACGCCUUCUUUAUACCACACUCAUUCUCAAGGAAAAUUGAAUAAACAUGAUCAUCAACAAGAUAAUGAAAAUAAUAAAAUACAUCCUACACCUACGAUACAUCACACUCAUUCUCAAGAAUCAAAAAAUUUUGAACACCGUCAUGAGAAAGGUCAUGAAAAACAUAAUUGAGACGGUUGUGUCGGGAAAACAUUUUGUUUUGUUCGUUUGUUUCUGCUUUUGUUCUUAUUAUUUAUUUAACGCAAAUAAAAAUGUAUUUAUGGUUUUGUUUAUAUGACUAAUAUAUUGACGGCUGAAGACUGUAAAAAAAAUGUUCGAUUUGUAAACGAAAACAAGUCAAAGCAUUAGUUUUUGAUCUCUUUAGUAUUAAAUCUGAUGAUAUUCCAUAUCAAUAUGCUUCUUAUAUUAAAAUAAUAGAUUUGCACGUUUCUUUAGUUAUUGACUUACAUUUAUAAAAUUGUAUGGGCAAUAUUUUUAUUAUAUGUGACGAUAUCUUUGUUUAUGUAAUGGGUUUAAAAAAACUGCACUGACGAAUUUAUUUUAAAUGAAAGCAAAAAAUUAAAAAUACUUGAAAA